ACAUACGGCUUCAUUACGAUGUUCAAUUUUCACUUCCGCGCGUCAUAUUAUGAUUCAACAAGCGACAUGUGCGUCAUCGGCCUCGAGCGAGCAAUCUUGAUACCCAUUAUUGUUUUUGAUGCUCUCGUCAACAUUUACCUCACCUCCCUCUUCUUGAUCCCAUUACUCAAGUUGCAUUCUAUCCAAGCAUCAAUAUUGAGGCCAUGGACGAUGGGCUCAAACCACAGGCAUCCCCGUACUCCACCGAACGUCCGGCUUCGCAGACUAGCCCUCCGCACCUUUCUUGGCGCUCUGCUCACUUUGACCGUCAGCUUGACGAACCUAUCGGUGCUGGUCGCGCUUGGCGGUGAAGUGGUAUGGCUGUGUCUGGCAUGUUGCAACACCGACAUUCUCAUCACGGCAUUUCUAAUUCAAUGGACAAACACAAGUCCGAAGAAAAUCGCGAAGGAGACACCAAACGUUGAGGCUCCACCCAUGCCAGACUUGACGCCAGAGCUGAAAGACAGUUGA